UCUCCUAUACUUAAAAAAUAAAGGAAAAACAAAUCUUUUUGUCCUAAACUAAAAAGGCUUUAACAGUAAGCAAGCAAGUCUCGUGUGGUCUUUGAAUUUCCUCUUUAAAGAGCAGACUCGCUGAAGAAAGCACCACAACACAAGAAGAGUAAUUAAAUGGCAGAUUCAAAAGUGGAAACCAUCUCAAGAUUAGCGCAAUGGAAGAUCGAGAACUUCGGUCCCUGUUCUUACAAAAAAUCCGAUCCUUUUAAGGUCGGAAUUUGGAACUGGCAUUUAUCUGUGGAGAAGAAUCGAUAUCUUUAUGUUCGGCUAUUUCCAGAGCCAUCUCGAGCUUCUAAAGAGCAGCCUCCUAUUGCUAAAUUUGUUCUUCGCGUCUCUAAUGCUGGUCUUAAUCGUAGACCCUACAUCUCUCCUGUUCAUGAGAAAUUGCUUCGGACUUGUGACGACUUUGUCUGGCCUGUUGAUUCCACAUUUCAUGGUCGCUUCAUCAUUGACGUUGAAUUUUUUGACAUCAAAGUCUGCCCUUUGAACGGCGGGGAAGCCAAUUCUAUAUGGCCUGGUGAUGGAAUGAUGCAGUCAGUUUCAACCCAAAGCACACUUCGAUGUCUCUCUCGCAUGUUGGAUGAGGCGAUCCAUGCUGAUGUUACAAUCCACACUUCUGAUGGCACUCUAAGAGCUCAUAAAGCAAUUCUUUCUGCAAGUUCGCCAGUUUUCCAGAGCAUGUUCCAUCACGACCUCAAGGAAAAAGAGUCAUCCACGAUCUAUAUAGAAGACAUGUCAACAGAGUCUUGCAUGUCUCUACUAAGUUACUUGUACGGAAGCAUUAAACAAGACGAUUUCUGGAAGCACCGGUUAUCAUUGCUUGGAGCAGCAAACAAAUAUGAUAUUGCAGCACUUAAAGAUGCUUGCGAGGAAAGCCUAUUGGACGACAUCAAUUCCGGAAAUGUCCUUGGGAGGCUGCAAGAAGCAUGGCUUUACCAGUUAGACAAGCUGAAGAAAGGAUGCUUAGUGUACCUAUUUGAUUUUGGCAAGAUAUAUGAUGUUAGAGAAGAGAUGAAUAACUUUUUCAGGCAAGCUGACAGAGAGUUGAUGCUUGAAAUGUUUCAGGAGGUGCUGACAGUUUGGAAACCUGUAUAAUUUGCUUACUGUUUGGAAAAUCUUGCCUAGUCCGGGCUCACUAGCGAGAGAGAGCGGUCGAUGAUGGACUGGAGCUAGGUAAGAAAUUUCCCUGCUGGAUAGUUGUGAAUACUCGUGAAAGUUGCAUGUCAGUAUCCCAUGUAUUGUCUUUAGUUUUUGCUGGACAAUCGAAAUACAGAGUUACUUGAUGGGAAUUUCUUGUCUAACCCGGAUCCAUGCUUUAUCAUAGAUCUAAAUCGAUCGAAGUUAGAAAAAAUUGUGUAAGAUUUUAUAACAUCUAAUUGUUUGGUUCGGCAUGAAUCCGGUCUAGGUAAGAAAUUUUGUUACCUUAUA